ACGACGUUGCUUUGCACUCCCUGCACAUUGGUAGAAACUUGCAGCCAACUGCUCAAAACGUGAGGGGAAACUGUCAGAGCUGAGAGGGAUUGGAUAGAGCUCUAGCUCUAACAGCUCAUUUUCGACACGGGGUUAAUAAAUUACACACCAACCUGUUUAGUUGAUUACAAGGUAGACGGGCAAGUUCUUAUCAUCGGUGUGAAGAUGCGCCGUAUCAUGCCAGACAGCGAUUCCGACAGCGAGCUGGAUGUGGAUGGAAUUGCCCAAACAGAGCUGCACAAGCUGCAGAGGGAGUUUCGCAUUAUGGUAGGAUCCCGACAAGCAUAUAAAGCAGAGACAGAAGACAUCAUUAGGAGACAGCUACAACAGAUCCAGAGCCUGCAGGAGGAGCACAAGGAGAUCCUGUGUAACCUGCGUGUGAUAAAGGGGACCAGGCAUCGGGACAAAGAGACCUCCCAGGACCUCUGCCAUAUGCUGGCCUUCCAAGGGGGCCUGGAAACCCAAAUAGAGAGAGAGAGGCGCAACCAGAAGACCAUCAAGCAAGAGAUUGCGAGACUUGAGAAGUGCAUUGCCAAAGCCUGUGAGAGACAGAAACUACUGCCUGAGCUAGGCAGAUGCAGCGGCCAGGUCCUGGAGAACAAGCUGGAUCAGAGAAAUAAACAGUGCAGCAUGUUAUUGGCCACAAACAGGAAGCUCCGAGAGGACCUGAGGCUCCUGCACAUAGACAGAAAUCAGUUCCAGCACAUACACAGCAAACUGGAAAAGGUCAUAGAGAACUGGAGGUCAUUCACCGUGACAUCCGCGAUGUGA